AUGUCAAACUCUGAACAUCAAUCCACUUCUGAACCUAGGCCCUCCUUAGAGCAAACCAUAGAUGACCUAGCAAAAAAUAUCCGUAAUUUAAUGGAUAGGGUUGAGCAAAUUGAGGCAUCUCAAAGAGAGACCAUUAACCAUGAAGGAGAUAACAUGCUUAGGCAAAAUCACCACGGUUACUUUAAUAGGGCUCCAAACUUUGAACAUAAUCACUAUAAUCACAAUGACCCUAGAGAUUAUGAUGAUAGAAUGUUCAAGGAAAAGAUAGAAGCACCCACCUUUGAUGGUUGCCUAGACCCAUGGGUUUUCACUGAUUGGUUACGUCAGAUGGAUAAAUUCUUUGACUACUACCAUUGGGCUGAGAAUAAGAAAGUGAGGUAUGCUAGGAUGAAGUUAAUUGGAAGAGCUGACCUUUUCUGGGAGGACCUUGAGGAUAGCAUUAGGCGACGACAUGAGCCCCCCAUUACUAAUUGGCUUGAGAUGAAGGGUGCACUCUCAAGGAAUUAUCUUCCUUCAACUUAUAGGAGCUCCCUCCUUGAGGAAUGGGAUCGCCUAAAGCAAGGCACUGCUCCUGUGGCUGAAUAUAUAGAAAAGUUUAAGGAGUUCAAGAGGCGAAUUCGAAUAGUCGAGGAAGAGGUUGUCACACUCAAUAGGUUUAAGAAAGGUUUAAAUGCUAACCUAUUAGGCGAGAUUAUCACCCGAGGGGUCACUACCUUAAGAGAAGCAUAUGACCUCGCUAGGAAUUGUGAAUUAGCAUCCAAAUCUAUCUUUUGGCGGCGUUCUGAGCCCCGAAGUUUUCCCGCCAACCCUCAACCUUUUGGUAGCAAACCUAGACUUGCCUUACCCCCUAAGGUCAACCCCAAUAGCACCCCAAUAGAAAAAGAGGACAAGGGAAAAGGUGUGGUCAAUGAGCCUUCAAGAUUAGGGUUUCGCCUCCAAUGCUUCAAAUGCAAUGGGGUUGGACACAUUGCUGCUAGAUGUCCCUCUAGGACCCUUGUCAUUCAAGAGGGUGAUGAAAAGGUAGAAGAUGUUGAGGAGCUAGUGUAUGAUCCAAAUGUUGAAGAAACCCAAGAUGUUGAAGCAGAAUGGGAAGAUGAUCCCAGCUAUCUCGCAUGCAUUAGAGCCAUUUCUCCCCAAGUUGAUGACUCUAAGAACUCUGGUGUCCCAAGAGUGAAUGUGGUAAGGUGUGCCUUGGCAGAGCAAAGAGAUGCUGAUGAUUGGCUAAGAAGUGCCAUCUUUCAAACUUACACUAAGUGUGGAGACACAACUUGCAAGGUUAUCAUAGAUAGUGGAAGUUGCAUUAACACAGUGUCUUCUAACGUGGUUUCCCGCCUAGGCUUGAAAUUGACCCCACACCCUAACCCAUAUAAAGUUUCUUGGGUGGAUACUUCCUCCAUAGCCAUAAAAGAAAGAUGUGUUGUCCCACUUCAAUUCCUCACCUACAAGGCUGAAAUAUGGUGUGACGUAAUUCCCAUGGAUGUAGGGCAUAUUAUCUUAGGUAGACCUUGGCUGUAUGAUCUGGAUGUCACCCUUCAUGGGCGAUCCAAUUCUUGCUCAUUUAUGUUUGAAGGUAAGAAGAUUGUGCUCAAUCCUUUGAAACCCAAGCCAAUUGGCAUGAGCAAGAAGACAGAAGCACCAAAGGCGAAAGGCCUGAACAUUAUAAGUCCAAGGGCAUUUGAAAGGGUAGCAAUUCAAGAGUCCAUUGUGUUUGUCUUAGUUGCCAGGGAAUUACGUGGAGAGACCAGUGAGGAGUAA